AUGAGCGACGAUCUAGAUCGAAAUUCUCAGGCUUCUCUUCUGGAUCCGCCCUUACGGUCCAAGAGCUUCUUUUCCAAAUCAAUCAAGAAAAUCACCAGGACAGCCUCCAGAUUGAAUCUAGCCGCUGACCACCAGCUACCGUCUGGAAUCGUGCUGCCGUACUCGCGUACAUCCACCUCGGACACAGAUUCCGACUUCCAUGCCAUCAGAUACGAGUCUGUGAAUGAUUCCGUUGGGCCCACUCAUGUCCGUCACCUACCUCGGGUAUCUACCAAUAACAGCCGACACUUUGGAUCGCUGGCAGCGCUGGGACCCCCGCUGCCCCAGCGUCUCCUGAUGAGCUCGGAUGGCGAGUUUUCGCCCGUCAAUAGGGUUUCUGCCGAGAAAGUUUAUCUGUCUUCCCCCAAGAACUCGACUCUCCAUACUCAACUCAAUGGGGCCAUCUAUGGAGGGUCAGAUAACCAUAGUGCAUCAAGUCUCAGCUCAUUGGACCCCAAAUCGAGAACUCAAAGUGGUACUGAAGCAAGUAGGGCUCCCAUGUCUGUCUCUCAAGGUGCUCGAUCUGCCUCCGGGGGUUCAGCGGGCUCACAGGUAGAAUUGGAGCCUCCUAUGCCGUUUUUUGCAGGUCUACCGAAGCCAAAAGCUUUAGAAGACAGAGAUCUAAUGCCACCACCUCGGAGACAGUCGAGCAUUCUUUCUCAAGGCAAGCAGCUUACAACUAGUGCAACUAUCCAGUCUUUCAAUAUGGUUGCGUCCAAUAUCAACUCUAUGCCGCGUGUAGAAGUGGUGGAUGCAUUGUUUGAGAUCCUCCUUUCGUCUCGUGUAUUCCCCGAGCAGUCUUUCCAGAACAUAUCCACCAAAAGGAAGUGGGAACUUCUUCUCAGUGAAAACGAGACUAACACCAAGUUUGACUUAAAGUCACUCACUAGGUCAGUAUCUCUGAAUUUUGUCAAGAAGACUCAGGAAGCUUCUAAUACUGUUCCCAGCUUGUCCAGAUCGUCAUCCAAUACUCAGAAACCACGAAAGCUCUCCGAGAACUCAAGAAGAGGCAGUAAUUCCUUUGCAGCUAACGUCAGCAACAUGAUGCCCAAAAAGUUCUCCUUGAAAGAAGGCUCGCCUUCGUGGAUUGUGCAGAAGAUCAUGAACAAUAGUCUUGCCACGAAAGGGUAUAGGAAGGUUCUCAAAAAACUAGAAAGCAAGUCUAGUCGAGGAUGGAUCCAAGAGUUCAAGGAGGCACAAGGAGAGAGUGCUCUUUCUGCUGUCCUUCAGAAUAUCAAUCGUCAAAGUAUCAAAUCAAAUGAUGCCAUUGAUAGAGAACAGCUCAUUUGUCAAUGCUUAAGAAUAUUGUUGACUACCAAUUACAAGGAAGAAGGAGAUGACUACUUUGAUGCUGAUAAUACUUCUAUGAUUUCCUCAACAACGAAAUCCAUUGCAAGAAUCCAUGGCAUCAAGUCCAUCAUGCUUUCAUUGAUUUCACCAAGCUUAAACACCCGAUUGAUUGUCACAGAAAUUUUGAUUUAUUUGACUCACUACGACAGAUACGACUAUUUUCCGCACAUACUAGAAGGAUUUGUCACCGUUCAAGAUACUGUUGGUGAUUUCGUUAAAUUUCAGCCUUGGUUGACUAAUUUUGAGACCGCAAUAGACCAGCAUCUUACCUAUGGAACCAAGUUUGACAGCAGCUUCAAGAAUUAUGUUGUCACUACUCUUAUUUUUAUCAAUAUGAUGAUGAGGAAGUGCGAGAGGACCAGGGAUAGAGCAAACAUGCGAAGAGAACUUGCUGACUCAAGACUCAAUACUAUAUUUGAGAAGCUAUUCCAGAUGAAGGAUGAGAGUAUCCAGCAGCAGAUUGAUGAGUUCAAGCUAUUGGCUGAUGAUAAUGUAUCCGGACUUUGGGCAAACAAUAAUUUGCACAUGUGGGAUGACAGACCUGAGUUCACAACUCUUGAUGAUGUGCUUGAAAAAGUCAAAGAGGAGUUUAACCAGGGUGAGGAUGAGUCGAUAGACGACGAACUGCUGAGAGUGGAUAGACUCAAGUCUAUCCUUCUCAAGCUCAUAAUGAUCAAUUCCGGACGUGAUUCGAACCAGGCUCUUCGGCUUCUCUCAUUAUUUGAUGCGGUAUUGGUACAUAUAAUUGCCGAGUCAACUAUUGUGGGGUCCGAUGCCGAAUCAGUACUAAAUAUAACCAUUCAGCGUUUGAUGGAUCAGUUGGAGACUUCAGACACAGCUCAAAGAGCCAUGUUGGAGACUAUGGAAUUAAGAGAUACCAUUCAAGCUAUCACCGCAGAGAAAGAAAUUUUGGAACAAGAACUUGGCAUGGGAGCCAAUGUAACUAUCGAGAAGUUUAAACAAGAAUGUGUGAGCAACCAGGAGAUUAUGAAAAUGCAAAAGAGUCAAAUCAUACAUUUGCAGAAUCAAAAGAAGAGACUUGAGGAAGAACUUUCGAGACUGAAGAAAAUCGAUGCUCCAAGCACUCACUCAGUUUACCAGUCCAUGAAUAAUUCCGGAUCCUCUUUGACUGCCUUCGGUUCACCAGGACAUAUACCUCAAAAGAUCUCAAGUGGCGACAGGGCUAUAUAUGUUGAUGAGCUCGAGGCCAGCUUACAAGCAAAGGUUCCAAAGCAAAUUGCUCUCAAGAAAUCCAAACCCAUUGGAAGCCUCAACAUAUCAAAAUGGAUUCCUAACCAAGAGGUGGAAUUGUGCAGCGAUUCAGAAACUGCUACAUCAUCGAAGAGUAUUGCUAGAUCCCAUACUCCUCCAAUUGGACAAUGGUUUGGAAAGAAUUCGAAAGAUACCAAAUCUACUUUUCAAGGAGCGGAAGAAGUUGCUUCCCUUUCAGAGAGCCUGUCCCAUGCACCUCCUCCACCACCUCCGAUUCCCAAUAAUCUCAAAAGUAGUGGUGUGCCAACGCCUCUACCGCCAUUAGCACCGUCAUUGCCAGAUCUGCUUUUCGAAAUCUGCAAACAAUGGGCAAUCACCACCAGCACCACCACCGCCACCACCAUUGCCGGGAUUCUCGUCAGCAGAAUCUGGCGCUCUGCCACCUCCACCACCCCCUCUUCCAAGCCUGUUACUAGGAGGAAAGAUGGCCAUUCCACCACCACCACCACCCCCUCUUCCAAGCCUGUUACUAGGAGCGAAGAUGGCCAUUCCACCACCACCACCACCGCCGCCACCGCCAUUCCCAAUGGCUGGCAAGAAUCCGAUGCCACCACCACCACCACCUCCAUUAUCAGCAAUUUUGAAGAUAAUUCGACAGACUUAGCGCUUCUUUCGGACUUACAGAACGAUAAGGAGAACAUGAAUACCGAGAACGAAGUGCCACCUGAGCUGAUUAUUAGACCAAGAGCCAAGUUGAAGCAAAUGCAUUGGAACAAAAUAGACGAUAUUGACAAAACUUUCUGGAGUACAAUUUCCAAUAAUGAAGUUUUUGACCGUCUUCAUCAAAAGGGUAUUCUUACCGAAGUCGAGAAGGCUUUUGCGGCUAAGGAAGUCAAUAUCAAGAAGAAGAAUGAUGCAAAUAUGGCUAUCAGGGCCAAGGUGAGUAAGGUCUCGCUUUUGCCAAGAGACCUUGCUCAGCAAUUCGGAAUCAAUUUACACAUGUUCAGCAAUUUGAGUGUCGGGGAAUUAAUAAAGAAAAUCCUAUCGUGUGACGAGAAAAUCCUCGAGAACACAAGCGUUUUGGAAUUUUUCAACAGGGACGGUUUGAACGAGAUGCCUGACUCUGUGGUGAGGAAUUUUCAACCGUACUCAAUUGAUUACGCCCGACCAGAGGUGAAGCCACAGAAGCCUUCCGAUGACUUGGAGAGACCUGACAGAAUAUUUCUCGAGAUUUUCAAUAUGCGUGAUUACUGGAAGUCUAGAUCACGAGCACUUUUGAUAAUGCAAACGUAUAAGAAGGAUUAUCGUGACUUGGUUGAGAAACUUGAUUUGCUUGACAAAGCCACCGAAAGCAUCAAAUCCAGUGAAAGUUUAAAGCAGGUUCUUGGAAUUAUUCGAUCAGUUGGAAAUUUCAUGAAUGACACAUCAAAACAAGCGAUGGGUUUCAAGCUUGACACCUUGCAGCGUUUGAAAUUCAUGAAGGAUGAUACGAACAAGAUAACCUUCUUACAUUACGUGGAAAAGAUUGUGAGAAAUAAUUUUGCUGAAUAUGGAAGUUUUGUUGACGAGUUGUCGGUUUUAAACCUUUUGCAUAAUAUUUCCGUCGAGCAAAUCGAGUCUGAUUGUGAGGAGUUUCAAAGAAAUAUCAGCAAUGUUCUGAAUUCCAUAGUGAAAGGUAACCUCAGCAACAGAGAUAAGUUUCAUCCGGAUGACAAGAUUCUUGAAAUAAUUAGGGAGCCUUUGGAGGCGGCUGAGCUGCGAAGUUCGUUGAUCAAGGCUCAUUUGAAGAGAACUAUCGACAGCCACAAUGCAUUAAUGGAAAACUUCGGAGAGAGCACCUCGGACUCGAACAGCAGAAACACUUUUUUCGACAAGUUUGCCAUCUUUUUGAAUGAGUUCAAGAAAGUGCAUGCCGAAAAUGUGCAAAAGGAAGAAGAGGAACGCACUUAUCAGUUGAAGAAACAGGCAAUCGAAAAGAAGGAGAAGGCGAGAAGGGAAAGAAUUGCUGGAAGUCCCGGAAAACGAAAGUCCAAGUUGAUUGUGGCUAUCAAAUCUAAUGACCUGGGAACAGCAGAGGAGCCGAAUCGUACUCCAGAAGAUGAAAAUAACGAUGCAAAUGACGAAGAGGAUGAGGAAGAUGACGAUGAUGAAGAAGAAGAAGAUGACGACGAUGAAGAUGACGACGAAGAUGAAGAUGAAAUCAAGAGUGACAAGGGAGAUCUGGAAUCUAUUCCAAUUGACGAGCUUUUGAGACAACUUAAAAUGGUUUCGAGCAUUAAUACUCGUAGCAGGCGAGUUGAAGAUAAGUCAAUCAUUCAGCGUGAGUCAACUGAUGAUUUGCUAGAUUCAAGCAGCGAACCACUGAGUGGAAACGACAUACCUUACAAAGAAUACCUGAAUGUGAAUCUGUUAAGACGCAGAAUGACUACGAGGAAGAAGAACCUCGAAUUGACGAAUAAAAGUGACAAGGUCGAUCUGAUUAUGUUGCGAGCACAGAGCAUGCUCCAAGAUUUGCGAAACAACGCCGACAAAGAAAGCGAAACUGGGAAUAUAUAG